AGACGGCCACGAGCAAACAGAGUAGCACCCUCGUCCUCAGCUUCGUUGAUUUGAAUUCAAUUUUGGAGUUGGCAUUUUGACUUUGACACUCGCCGCGUCAAGCCAAACCCAUUUCGAACCACCGUCCCACGUGGCAUUAACCACUUCUUAUCUGCCAUCUGUACCCGCCAACUACCUCUCUCUCUGUAUAAUACUUUUCACAUUUUUUUCAUCUCUUUCUCUCUCUCUUUCUCUUCCCUUUGCAAAUUCGUUUUAAUUCAAUUCCCGUUAUCUCCCUCACGCGCCGUCACAACGAUGCCGUAUUGCAACGUCGGAACGCAGAUUUCCUCCCCAACCACCUCCUCAUCCGCCGUCGCACCCGAGGAUGCUCAACUCAACAAUGACGUCAAAAUAUUUUACAGAACUUACGGUCGCGGUCCCACCAAAGUCCUUCUCAUCAUAGGAUUGGCUUCGUCAUACGAAGGGUGGGGCCCGCAAAUCAAGGGAUUAACUGGAACUGACGUGCCUAACGACGAAGACGACGCCGUUUGGAGUGGAGGUGACAAUGAGGCCGGUGGUGGUAUCGAGGUUUGCGCUUUUGAUAAUCGGGGCGUGGGUCGGAGCACCGUGCCUAUCAGAAAAUCCGAUUAUUCAACAAAGAUCAUGGCAAAGGAUGCUAUUACUUUGUUGGAUCAUUUAGGUUGGAAAAAGGCACAUGUUUUUGGCCACUCAAUGGGGUCUAUGAUAGCUUGUAAAUUAGCAGCAAUGGUUCCUGAUAGAGUUCUUUCAUUGGCGUUGCUCAAUGCAACGGGUGGGGGUUUUCAAUGUCUUCCAAAGCUUGACCGACGGACAUUCUCAGUUGCUUACCGUUUCUUGAAGGCAAAGAGUCCUGAGCAAAGGGCUGAAGUUGACUUGGACACCCACUAUUCACAAGAAUAUCUUGAGGAAUAUGUUGGAACCGUGAAGAGGAGAACGAUAUUGUAUCAGCAAUAUGUUAAAGGAAUAUCAAGUAGCGGAAUGCAAUCUAACCACGGCUUUGACGGUCAACUCAGUGCAUGUUGGAACCAUAAAAUGACACAAACAGAGAUUGAAGCAAUCAAAUCUGCAGGUUUUCUUGUUUCCGUCAUUCAUGGCAGGGAUGAUAUAAUUGCUCAGCUAUAUCAUGCGAGAAGACUUGCCGAGAGAUUUCAUCCAAUGGCUCGGAUGGUAGAUCUUCAUGGCGGUCAUUUAGUGAGCCAUGAGCGGUCUGAAGAGGUUAAUCAAGCACUUUUUGACUUGAUAAAGGCCUCAGAAGUGAAGAUGAUUCCACAUGAUUGGACUAACUUGCCAAAUGCAUUGUCUUGGUGGGAUGAGAAAAGGGUGUUAUUGGUCAAAGACAAUCAGAGUGGAAGCAACGUCUCCAUUAAGUACCACUUAAUAGAAAAACUACAUCUCUGCCUACUAUACUUCCUUAGCAUCCUUAUUAUGUUACUUGAAUUUGGAAGAAAGCUUGUAAGGAGAUUAAAACCAGUUCGAGUUGGAAAUUCCAUCGCAUACAUUGGAAGUCAAUAAACCCCUUCUUUUUUAAUAGGUGGGUAAUAUAUAGAUGAGACUCGUGUGCAAGGCAAUUUUGACUCUGCUUUCUCAGGCGGAUAUGAAGAAUGACAUGAACAUAACUCUUAUUGACAUGAUGAAUGUAUAUUCAAUAACACCAAAGGGAGAGAGAAGAGGAUGGGCAAUCCAUUUUUCUUUGAUUCGAUUGUGUUAUAAUAUAAUGUUGUAUGUUUAUUCUAACUAUUAAACUAUACAAAUUCUGCUCCAUGCUACUGGAUGAA